AUGACGCUUACGGAGUAUUUCGAAAGUUAUGGGCUCCGGCGAGGUGGAUGGACGCGCAUUGUCGGACGCGGAGCAGCAGUAGCGGCGGCCAAGCAAGCGGGGGAUCUGGAUCCGAGGCACCACCACCGGGCUCCUCACGACGGCGACGGAGGCGGCGGCGGAGAAGGAGGAGGAGGAGCGCAGCAAGAAGCAGAUGAGCAGCAGCGGCGCCACCACCACCGGCUGUUGCAGCUCCACCAGCAAGUGCAGCAGGACCAAGACCCGCCGCCGGUACCCCUCUUCCAGCUCCAGCACCUGCAGUCCGCGGCGGCCGUGAGGCAGCGGGGCGGCUUGUCGGCCGAGUAUGCCCUUCUCGCGCCCAUGGGCGACGCCGGCCAGUCCCACCACCACCACGCCUUCCAGCCGCAGCUCCUGUCCUUCGGGGGAGUCGGCCAGCACCACGUGCACCAGUUCACGGCGCAGGCGCAGGCGGCGCCCGCGGCGUCCAACUCCUCGAGGCCGCGAGGAGGAGGCGCGGGCGGCGAGGUCGUGGCCGCGACGUCCGCGUCGCACUCGCGCGUGAGGGGCGGCGCCGGGGAGAUCGUGGCGGUGCAGGGAGGGCACAUUGUGCGCUCCACGGGGCGCAAGGACCGCCACAGCAAGGUGUGCACGGCGCGCGGGCCGCGGGACCGACGCGUGCGCCUGUCGGCGCACACCGCCAUCCAGUUCUACGACGUGCAGGACCGCCUGGGCUGCGACCGCCCCAGCAAGGCCGUGGACUGGCUCAUCAAGAACGCCAAGGACGCCAUCGACAGGCUCGAGACGCUGCCCGCGUGGCAGCCCACGGCCACCGCAGCCAAUGCCACCGCGCCGCCGUCCUCCUCCACGCACCCCGACUCCGCCGAGAACUCCGACGACCAGGCGCAGGCCAUCACCGUCGCGCACACGGCCUUCGACUUCCUGUCUUUCUUUCCCAUCGCUGGCACGGGAGGCGGCGAGGCGUCUUCGUCCACGGCGGCGGCGCAGUCGUCCGCCAUGGGCUUCCAAAGCUACACGCCUGACCUCCUGUCGCGCACCGGCAGCCACAGCCAGGAGCUCCGGCUGUCCCUGCAGUCCCUCCCAGACCCCAUGUUCCACCACCAGCACCAGGACCGGUCGCAACAAGGCCACAGCGGCAAUGGCUCCGCGCAGCAGGCGCUCUUCCCCGGCGCCGCCAGCUACUCGUUCGGCGGCGGCGGCGGCGCCAUGUGGACCGAGCAGGCGCAGAGCCAGCGCAUGGUGCCGUGGAACGUGCCCAACCCAGGCGGCGGGAGCACUGGCGGCUACCUGUUCAACGUGUCGCAGCAGGCGGCGCACAUGCAGGCGGCGCUUGGCGGCCAGAGCCAGUUCUUCUUCCAGAGGGAACCCCUUCAGUCCAGUAACCAGCCCUCCGAGCGAGGAUGGCCGGAGACCGUCGAAGCCGACAACCCGAUGCAGCAGCAGCAUGGUGGCGGGCUAAGCUCCACCGUGUCGACCAUCGCGUUCGCGCCCGGCAUCGGCUUCUCCGGGAUCCGCAUCCCCACCAGGAUACAGGGCGAUGAGGAGCACAACGGCGGCAGCGGCAAUGGCGACAAGCCGCCGCCGUCUGUGUCCUCGGCUUCUCACCACUGA